GUGAGGCGCGCCCGCUCCUCUACUGCGCAUUAAAUGUACUCGAUUUUUCAUAUUCAUCAUAUCCUCUGAUACAGAAGACGACUCUAUUUGCAAUUAGGAUGUUUUUGACGUUCAUAAAACUUGGAUAUUCACACAAAUGUGGACAGCACGACGUAAAAAUGUCAAACACAGAGAAUGCAUGUAGUCCAAAGAGUCUACCGUGAGGCAACCAUACCAUGGAAAUGUCAUCUCAUUCUUGGGUGACCUAAAGGCGAGCUGGGCAAAGCUCUGAGGCUGUGACCACUUUGCGUCCCCAAUGUGUACAAUGAACAGCACUGCCUGGCCUUUGGACCUGGCUGAGUUUGUGAAACCUCGGGGCUUCAACAGCUCCCAAAGCCAGUCUGCUUCCACCAGCAGCUGGGCCUUGAUCCACACAGCCACCCUUGCCUUGUGCUCCCUUAUCUUGGUCCUCAUCUUUUGUCUCGGUUCUUAUGGCAACCUGGUGGUCUUCUUGUCCUUCUUCGACCCCACGUUCCGCAAGUUCCGCACAAACUUUGACUUCAUGAUCCUCAACCUAUCCUUCUGUGAUAUGUUCAUUUGCUGCAUCACUGUGCCCAUGUUCGCACUGGUACUCUUUCUGGAUGUUGGAGAUGCUGGUGGUGGAGUAUCCAAGGGCUUCUGCUUUGCCUUCCACCUCACCAGCUCGGGCUUCAUCAUUAUGUCCCUCGAGACAGUGGCUGUGAUUGCCCUGCAUCGCCUUCGCAUGGUCCUGGGUCAGCAGCCCAACCGUACAGCCUCUUUCCCCUGUACUUUGGCCCUUACAGCACUCUUAUGGACCACUAGUUUCACGCUGGCAGCAUUGGUUACCUUGCGAGCAUAUCCCAAGAGCUCUGGGCCCUGCCUGCCCCACUUUGGUAUUACUGGCAACAAGGCCAAGGUAGUAUUAUAUGUGUACAUUGCAGAUUUUGCUUUCUGUGUAGGUGUGGUGUCCAUCUCAUACCUCAUGAUUGCCCAGGCGUUGCGGAAGAACGCACAGGUACGAAAGUGUCCCAUUAUCACAGUAGAUGCAAGACGCCCACCUGCUCCUCACCCACCGUUCAUAGCUGCUGGUUUCGAGGGCAUGCAGUGUACAGUCCAGGUGCCCUCGCUUUACCGCAACCAGACGUACAACAAACUCCAGCAUGUCCAGACGCACUCCUUCACCAAGAGGACCAACCAGCCCAUAGUGCCUGGGGCUGCCACUGGAGCAACCUGCUGCCAGCUGGUUUCCACUGUAAACCUGGCAACAGCCAAGGACUCUAAGGCUGUGGUGACAUGCGUGGUGAUCGUCAUCUCUGUGUUGCUGUGCUGUCUGCCACUGGGCAUAUCCUUGGUGCAGGAUAUGGUGUCACCAGAAAGCAGCUUCAUUCAUUACCAGUUUGAGCUUUGUGGAUUCGCCCUCAUCUUCCUCAAGUCUGGCAUCAACCCGUUUGUGUACUCCCGGAACAGCGCAGGUUUGCGACGCCGUGUGCUCUGCUGCCUCCAGUGGCUGACCCUGGGCUUUCUAUGCUGCAAGCACAAGACACGCUUGCAUGCAAUGGGCAAAGGGAGUCUGGAAGUAAAUCGCAACAAGUCCUCGCACCACGAGACCAACUCAGCUUAUAUGCUCUCACCAAAGCCCCAGAGAAGGCUGGUGGAUCAGGCUUGUGGGCCCAGUCACUCCCGGGACAGCAUGCCUAGUCCUGUUGCCACAGCUGGACGCAAGCCCCGGCCCCCAAGCACAUCUACGCCCAUCAACACACGUAUAGAGCCGUACUACAGCAUCUAUAACAGCAGUCCGUCAGUAAGACCUAGUUCCCCCAAUUCCCUGCAGCCGGUCAACUCUCAAACCACUGCCUUUGCCAAGAGCUACAUUGCUAUGCACUACCACACCCACCAAGAGGUGCUGCAGGACUUUGACAGCACUUCGGCUCAUCAGAUUCCCAUCCCAUCAGUCUGAGUUGCCUUCUACAGGAGCUUCAGAACAUUACACUACUUGCUCAGCAUCCAAAAGGGAGCAUUUAGUAUUUGCUUGUGGUUUGCUACUGUUGUUUUGCUCAAGUGACAAAGCAUAUAAUUAGGAGGUCUAACUCAGACUUUUAAAAGAAGUAACAGUCACUUUCCCCAAAGUGUUAUUAUUGCUGUUUUCUGGAUUCAAGGGUGUUAUAUUUUUACAUUGACACAGCAUUUUAAUGUAAUGGUACUCACUCAGAUAAUGUAUU